AUGGAUUCCGAUCGAUUCGCACCACUUGCUAAUGCUCUGAAAUUCAAUAAAACAUUGACGGAACUCGAUUUCGAAGUGAAUUUCCUAAAUGAUAAUGGUACACGACAUUUAGCAGAAGUAUUGAAAAUGAACAACACACUGAAAAAAGUAGAACUAUACCGAAAUGAAAUUGGUGAGGAAGCUUCGGCAGCUUUGGCAUCUGUUAAACGAAAGAUUAAAUACAAUGUUGACAAAUCUUUGAAAUUUUUCGAACAACGUGCUUCGGAUGCUGUUAAAAUAACAUGCGUUGCUUUUAUUGGUGGUGUGAAAGAGAUGAGCGAUACUUGCAGUCAAUUUCUUAAUAUUACACAACAAGAAUCAAAUGAGCUAUUAGUAAUUACAACACGUCUGAAUCCAGAUGGCCAACAACAACAAUAA